AUGGUCUUCGCACGCACAGCUUUCCGGACGCUUCGAUCUCUUCCCCCAACUCAGCUCGCUCAGGCCACAUCUCGGAUCUCGAACCUGCGGCUGCUAUCCACGGAAGCGAGGAAGACUAUCGAUGAUGCUGUCAAGGCCAACCCUUUGGUUGUGUUCAUGAAGGGCACACCUGAUCAGCCACAAUGCGGUUUCUCGCGGGCAGUAUGCCAGAUCUUGGACGUCCAGGGCGUACCUAGAGAGUCGCUGAAAUCGUAUAACUGCCUGGAAGACCAGGAGCUGCGAGAAGGCAUCAAGGAGUACUCCGAGUGGCCAACGAUCCCGCAGGUGUAUAUCAAGGGCGAAUUUGUGGGCGGUUGCGAUAUCGUCUUGUCAAUGCACCAAAGCGGAGAGCUGGAGAAGCUGUUGGUCAAAGAGGGGCUGAUCCCCGAAUUACCGACCCUGCCCGAGGACAAGUAA